GAAGUUAAUUAACUCUAAGUAACUGUUGUUAAUACCCUUCCCAUUUUUCAAUUUUAGAGAACAAAUGCAAUUUCCAAUAAUGGCAGAGACUAAACCACUGAUCAGUCUUAAAUGGGAACCAAAACUUCCAGGCUUAUCCUUAGACUUCAAAACUGGUUCCAGCUCAAACACUUGUCUUUGGGCGUCUAAGUCAGAGUUUGUUGAUGGUCUUUAUCUUCCACCUAAUGAUCCAAAUAAGAUUAACAAGAUGAUUAGAAAGCAACUCAAAGACACUACUGGUUCAAACUGGUUUGAUAUGCCUGCACCAACAAUGACUCCUGAGUUAAAAAGAGAUCUUCAGUUGCUUAAGUUGAGAACUGUAAUGGAUCCUGCUCUACACUACAAGAAAUCUAUUGGCACAGUAAUUGAACCAGAUGAAGAGUUCUAUGUGAGAUUGACAAAGAAGAAUAGAAAAGCAACUCUUGUUGAAGAGUUGGUGUCAGAUCCUAAAACUUCUCAGUAUAGGAAACGUAAAGUUAGGGAGAUUGAGGAGAAGAGUAGAGCUGUUACGAAUAAGAAAUGGAAGAAAAAGGGAAACCAAUCCAAGAACACAAAGCAAAGAAGGAACUGAAUUACUUUUGUUAGAGUAGUGUGGAGCCUGGAAAGAGGUAAAUGGGUACUAACUCUGGUUAUUCUUAGACUAAAUCGUGCUGCAUUUUAUGUCCUAUGGAGUCUAAAAGGUAAAUGUAUCAGUUCCUAAAUGUACUGAGUUAUUUAGCUUUAUUGUUUAGGUAAUAUAUAUGUAGUGUACUUUUCUUAUAACUUCUACAGCUUCUAAUAUGUGUUCUCGUUUUUUUGUUCAAUACCCUUAUAGAGAACCAGCUCAGUGUUUGAUCAAAACUCUACUCAAUACAGCUCUAAAAUUCAU